UAAUGGCGCACCCACAAGCAGCCACACCAAUCCCAAAGUUCCAAUUUAUUAGUUUAGUGGCUAGUUUGGCGGCGCGAAAAGCUCGAAGGUCCUUUUGUUUCGAAAGAAAUCUUAUUCGAAGAUCCUCGAUCCUUGCGAGGAUCGUCUAGUGCAAUAUAUAGACUAGUUAAUUUACUUUUGGAAAAAUAAGGACUCCAGCAGGGCCGCCGAUUUGUGCCCCUUUCUUGAAAGUCGCAGAACAAAAACAACGACGACAACAACAAAGCGGAGACAAAGAAUCGACAACUAGCGAGAAACGGAAAACCUUGUAGGUGACUCACUGCCAAUAUCACUGCCAAUUGGAGACUGAUCACGGCAUCCAUCCUUGGCGCUCCCAAUAAGCGGAGUCAUCGGAACGCGUGGAAACCAUAUCCGGAAUGCAGCCGCCGGAGCGCGAGAUUGGAAUGCCGAAGAGGCAUCGCGAGCAUAUACGCAAGAAUCUGGAUACGCUGGUUGAGUGGACGAACUACGAGCGUCUGGCAAUGGAAUGCGUGCGCCAGGGCAUCCUAUCCGAUCAGAUGCUCAGAAAUACGGAGGAUCUCAAUGGCAAGCCAUUCAACAUGGACGAGAAGGAUGUGCGUGCGGAGCAGCAUCGCAGGCUCCUCAUGAAGAUCACCCAGCGUGGUCCCACCGCCUACAACCAGCUGAUCAAUGCACUGCGCAAUAUCAAUUGUCUGGAUGCGGCCGUACUAUUGGAAUCCGUCGAUGAGUCCGAUUCAAGGCCACCCUUUAUCUCGCUAAACGAACGGAGAACCAGCCGGAAGUCGGCCGAUAUUGUAGACACGCCUACAGCAGAAGCCUGCGAAGGACCCUGCGUUAGCAAGCCGCGGAACGAUACGCUUUGUUCACUGACCCCUUAUGUGGGCAGCGUUGACGGUGACCAACGCAAGGUAAAAAAAUCGAAGAAGAUACACUAUGCCCCCAGUGCCAUAGUGGGCACAUAUGAGAUGCAAUCGCGUUGGAACCGCGGCGUUUUGCUAAUGGUUAACAUAAUGGACUUUCCGGAUCCAGACCUCCAACGGUUGGGAGCCAAAGAGGACAGCAACUCGUUGAUUCACUUGUUUCGCGAACUGGAUUUUACGAUUUUCGCCUAUGGGAACGUGAACCAGCAUCAGUUUUUUGAACUUCUCACAACGUUGACCUCCUCGUCGUAUGUGCAGAAGACCGAGUGUUUCGUGAUGGUACUGAUGACACACGGCAAUCGUGUGAAGGGGAUAGAUAAGGUGGCGUUUUGCGAUGGAUCUGUGGUCGAUAUGCAGAAGAUCAAGGACCACUUCCAGGCGAACAAAUGUCCUUUUUUGGUGAACAAGCCGAAGGUGCUUAUAUUUCCCUUUUGCCGCGGCGAUGAAUAUGAUUUGGGCCACCCAAAGAGUCUCAUGGAGCCAGUGUAUACGUCGCAACAGAAGGAGUUGCCUGACACCCAGACGGAGAGCAUAUCCAGCCCGAGAACCAAUGUGCCAACUCUUGCCGACACUCUUGUCUGCUAUGCCAAUACGCCGGGCUAUGUUACCCACCGCGAAACCGACACGGGCAGCUGGUACAUCCAGAAAUUUUGCCAAGUGAUGGCCGAUCAUGCCCACGACACAGACCUCGAGGAUAUCCUAAAGAUGACGCACGCUUCCGUGGGUGACAAACGCAGCAAGAAGGGUUCCAUGCAGACAGGUGCCUAUGAUAAUCUUGGCUUCAACAAGAAACUCUACUUCAAUCCCGGGUUUUACGUCGAUUAGUCGCCGCCAGUGGUCAUUUCAUCAUUCCGGAUGCAUUUUUAAACGCAUUUAUGUUCUUAUCGUCGCAUUUAUGUAUGUCCCUUAGAUUAUGUGUAUUGUGCUCGCGUGCUAUUAAUUUUUAUAUUGUAACAAAUACUCCUCCAAGUAUUCAUCGAAUACGUAUUGCGUACCUCAUUUGGAUGUAUGAAAUUAUGUAAUUUAUGUGAUAACUGCCAGAAAUCUACAAAUAUUACAAUUCCAGUAUAUACACAGCCAGAUUUUUGAAAUCGAACAAUUAGGCAAUAUGUAAAGCAAUUUUCCAGUCUGAUUUUUGAGUGUGUACACUUACGAAAUAAACGAUGAUAUUUCUCGACAAACCGAAGUUUGUAUAUAAUAAAAA